CGGCCAUCGUCGGUUGGCGUACAUGUAUGCAGCAAUAACUUUGGCGCUGGGCGUCGCCAUAGCGGCUGUGUGCCGUCGCGCCUUUUCCUAGCGUCUGCGUGGGGCUUUCCUCCCGGCUGCCUGCGGGUGCGGCAAUUUCCCCUGCAGCAGCAACACGCGAUGGGGGGGGGGGGCCAGGGCCCGCGUGUGGGGCAACAGAAGGGGCCGGCCUUGUGCCCCUGCGGCGGCGGCGGCGGCACGUGCGGGCUGCAGCGCACAGUGACGGUGAAGGGGAGGGAAGGUGACGGGGGUGGAAGAAGUGCCGGUGUGCGGCGGCGGUGA